AUGCUUACGAGUUACAUGGCAACAUCCUCGUUAUCGCCAACACUCUUUCGUGUACGUCGAAAGCGAGCAGCCGAUCCACAUGAGGCACUGGUCAUUUCGUUGAAGCGUGCAAAGCACACGCAUGGCACGGUGGGAGUUGCAUCUUGCGACGAACCACCGAUUAUUUGUCAGCGAACUCCUGCUUAUGAAGUGCAGGCCAGUUUUCUUCUUCCCUGA